UAUCCUACUUCCGCUCAAUAAAGUUACAUUCAAACCAAGAUGGCAGCACUCUUGCUGCCGCCGUGCUUGCUGGAAAUAGGACAUUCGCUGCUGAAUUAAAGACUGCACAGCUUAUUUGCACAAUGGAUUGUUUACUGUGACGCCGCCGACGACGGGGAUAUAACACAGACAAGAAUCAUGCAGGUAUCGGUAAGGCGGGCUCCACAUCUCCAGGGCAUCGCCCGGUCUGGCCGAAUCAAUAAUGCUCUCCUGAAUUUAGUACCCCGCCAGCUGACCCCCAGCAGCCGCACCUUGUUUAGUAAGACUGGCGUGUGGGAGAAAGACUAUCAUGCGGAGACCCGGCGCAGAGUGGAGGAAUGGUGGCGCCCGCGGAUCAUGGCAAAGUGGGCCAAGGAUACCCUGGAGGAAAGUCACAACCGGAAAAAGUUCUACGUUCUCUCCAUGUUCCCAUAUCCAUCUGGACGACUGCACAUGGGCCAUGUGCGGGUUUACACCAUCAGCGAUGUCAUCGGCCGCUUUCAGAAAAUGAGAGGCUACCAGGUAUUAAACCCAAUGGGCUGGGAUGCUUUUGGGCUUCCGGCUGAGAAUGCAGCCAUUGAAAGAGGCCUUGAUCCAAGCGAUUGGACUAAAAGGAACAUCCAGUCCAUGCGGGAGCAGCUGGACAGCCUUGGUCUUUGCUUUAACUGGGAUCGGGAGGUGACCACUUGUCUUCCUGACUACUACAAGUGGACGCAGUAUCUUUUUAUUAAGCUGUUCAAAGCAGGGCUGGCAUAUCAAAAAGAAGCCAUAGUGAACUGGGACCCUGUAGAUCAGACUGUGCUGGCUGAUGAGCAGGUGGAUGAAAACGGUUGCUCUUGGAGGUCUGGUGCUGUGGUGGAGCAGAAGAUGCUUACCCAGUGGUUCAUCAAGACCACAAACUACGGGAAGCCUCUCCUGGACGCCUUGUCUGACCUUCCAGAGUGGUACGGGGUCAAAGCCAUGCAGGCAAACUGGAUUGGAGAAUGUUCCGGUUGCUAUUUUGAUUUCAAACUCAAGGUGAGAGGGAAAGAGACCGGGGAGAUUCUGUCAGCCUACAGCUCUUCUCCAGAAGCGGUGUUUGGUACAGCGUACCUUGCCAUCCUGCCCUCCCACAGACUCUUGCAUGGGAGCAGUUCAGUCCGCUUUGAGCUAGAGAAAGCUUUCCAGCCAGGCAGAGACUCUCUGACAGUAGUCACCGCUGUCAACCAAUUCACCGGCCAGGAGGUUCCUCUAGUUAUAUCUCACAAAGAGGCCUUUGAUGGAUAUCUAGACACCGUUGUUGGCACACCAGACUCCAGUGAUGAGCAUCUGUCUGUGGCAAAGUCGUUAAAAUUAAGGUGGACCAGAGUUCUGCAAAACCAUGAAGAUGGAACACAAACUCUAAUGAACUCUGAUCAGUUCUCAGGACUGACCAGACAGCAGGCGUUUGACCUCAUUACCCAAAAAGCCAGAGAGCUGAAGGUGGGGGGCCACCUGACAAGUCCAAAACUUAGAGAUUGGCUGAUAUCAAGGCAGCGUUACUGGGGCACGCCCAUUCCUGUGGUGCAUUGUGGGUCCUGUGGUCCAGUUGCUGUCCCUGAGGAGGACUUACCAGUGACCCUGCCAAAACUGCCGGCUCUCACAGGAAAGGGGGCAUCACCUUUGGCUGCCGCCCAUGAUUGGGUCAGUUGCAAAUGUCCGAGAUGCAAUGGCCCAGCAAAAAGAGAGACUGACACCAUGGACACUUUUGUUGACUCAGCCUGGUAUUACCUUAGAUAUACCGACCCACAUAACACCACAAGGCCUUUUGAGCGCCUCUUAGCAGAUCACUGGCUGCCUGUGGACGUGUACAUUGGCGGCAAGGAGCACGCGGUCAUGCAUUUGUACUACGCUCGCUUCCUCUGUCACUUCUGCAAGGACCAGGGGCUUGUCGCUCACAGGGAGCCUUUUAGGAAGUUGCUGGUCCAGGGUCUCAUCAAGGGCCAGACUUUCCGGCGAGCAGACAUUGGCCAGUACUUAACGAGAGAGGAGAUUGACUUCACAGGAGAAGAGCCAGCGGUGUUGGGAGGUGGUCAAGUGGAAAUGACCUGGGAGAAGAUGAGCAAGUCUAAACACAAUGGUCUGGACCCCCAAGAAGUGGUACAGCAGUAUGGCGUGGACACAGUUCGUCUCUACAUCCUCUAUGCCGCACCGCCUGAACAGGAUAUCCUCUGGAAUCUUAAAAAGGAUGCUCUUCCUGGAGUCUUGCGCUGGCAGUCCAGAAUAUGGCAGCUUGUGACAAAGCUACGAGAGGCUCGACAACUCUGUGACGCGCCUUCUCCAUCCGGGCUGAAGAAGAAGGAACUGGCAGAGGCAAGAAAGAUCUGGGAAAACAAGAACUUUGCAAUCCAAGAGGUCACUUAUUACUUCACGGAAGACUUCCUGUUCAAUGCGGCCAUUUCUCGUCUCAUGGGCCUCACAAAUAGAUUGAGUAGUGCAACGGUCAGGGUGGUGCAGCACAGUGUGGAAUUUGAGGAUGCCCUGGCCGCACUAGUUCUGAUGACAGCUCCCAUGGCACCCUUCCUGGCCUCUGAACUUUGGGCAGGUCUUUGUAAGGUGAACAACCCCAUCAGCAGCACUCUCCAGCGGGGAGGACACGUCCUGUCAGAGUCCUGGCCCACUGUGGAUCCCAAGUACUUGGAGACUCCUGACUUUGUGGACAUGUCUGUGCUGAUUAACAACAAAGCCUGCGGAAGGAUAACGGUGCCUCUGCAGGUGUCCAAGGACUGUGAUGAAGUGGAGAAGCUGGUCAUGGAGAGUCCACUGGGACAGACAGUCCUCAGACAGGCAAGCGUCAAGAGAGUCAUCCUCUCUCCAAGAACUGGCCUCAUCAAUUUCCUAGUUGGGGAGUGACCGUUCACCUUUCAACACCGCUUUGGUAUUGUCUCCUGUAUUUUUUUCUGCGGCAUGUACAGUACAGUAUCAAUACGCCACCAUCCAAUAUUGAUACUUCGGCAGGAAGUGCGAUCAUAUUUAAUUUGAUGUGAAUCUCCUUGUGUCCAAAAUCAUGUUUCAUUACGUGUUACUCUUAUUAUUUGGCUGCUCGACGCUCCUUCCAUCUUGUUUUGACAACACAGACCAGAUCGGCAAGCACGUUUUAAUAACAACUUAAAGGCCUACUGAAAUGAGAUUUUCUUAUUUAAACGGGGAUAGCAGGUCCAUUCUAUGUGUCAUACUUGAUCAUUUCGCGAUAUUGCCAUAUUUUUGCUGAAAGGAUUUAGUAGAGAACAUCCACGAUAGAGUUCGCAACUUUUGGUGCUAAAAGAAAAGCCCUGUCUUUACCGGAAGUCGCAGACGAUGACGUCACAUGUUUGAAUGGCUCCUCACAUAUUCACAUUGUUUUUAAUGGGAGCCUCCAACAAAAAGUCCUAUUCGGACCGAGAAAACGACAAUUUCCCCAUUAAUUUGAGCGAGGAUGAAAGAUUUGUGUUUGAGGAUAUUGAUAGCGACGGACUAGAAAAAAAAAUGAUAAAAUAAAAAAAAACUCGAUUGCAUUGGGACGGAUUCCCAUGUUUUUAGACACAUUUACUAGGUUAAUUCUGGGAAAUCCCUUAUUUUUCUAUUGUGUUGCUAGUGUUUUAGUGAGUUAAAUAGUACCUGAUAGUCGGAGGUGUACGUCCACGGGUGUCUUGACCCGCAGUGUCUCAGGGGAGUCGACGGCAGCUAUGGACAGCACAAGCUCAGCUUUUCUCCGGUAAGAAGGGACUUUUUACCACAAUUUUCUCACCAAAAACUGCUGGUACACAUUCUGUCGUGAUUCAUGUUUGCUUGACCGCUCUGAUCCACAGUAAAGUUUCACCUCCAGGAAUUUUAAACAAGGAAUCACCGUGUGUUUGUGUGGCUAAAGGCUAAAGCUUCCCAACUCCAUCUUUCUACUGUGACUUCUCCAAUAUUAAUUGAACAAAUUGCAAAAGAUUCAGCAACACAGAUCUCCAAAAUACUGUGUAAUCAUGUCAUUAAAGCAGACGACUUUUAGCUGUGUGUGUGUGUGUGCAGCGCUCAUAUUUCCUUAAAACCCGUGACGUCUUGCGUACACGUCAUCAUUACAUGACGUUUUCAAGACGAAACUCCUGGGAAAUUUAAAAUUUUAAUUUAGUAAACUAAAAAGGCCGUAUUGGCAUGUGUUGCAAUGUUAAUAUUUGAUCAUUGAUGUAUAAACUAUCAGACUGCGUGGUGGGUAGUAGUGGGUUUCAGUAGGCCUUUAAUAAUCAUCAAAAGUUGCUGAACAAACAGCGUGACUUAUACACGUAAGUCAAAAUCAAUAAAUUUUUUUAAUGUAAAAAAAUGUAUUGAUAAUAUCAUAAGCUUUAUAAAAUUAUGUAUUUCUACUGGGUUGGCUAUAAUAAAAAAACAGAAAAACUAAAUCAGGCGAACAAUUUUUUGUUACAUUUGUAGUUAUAGUUUGGUCAAUGAACACAAAAAGUGUGUUGAAGAUAAAAACAAGUCUUUUGACUGGAAAUUCCACAUUCAAACUUUUCAAAGUGUGAGGUGAGAGAAAAACCUGUUUCAACCUUGCUAACCUAAGUUCAAUUAGGUUUUAUUCAAGUACAAUGAGAGAGUAAACAGUAGUGAUUGGUAAAUGACGCCUCAGUGAGUGUGUGGCCCACUCACUGGUUGUAUUGACACUGUACUGAUAACUUAUUGGUGUUUCAUAAUGGUCAUCUACCGGGUUAAAAAAAAAAGUAACUGCAUUUUAACUGAAAAUAAAAUGUUAGCAAAUAUAAUAUUUUUUGGUAUUUUUAAACAAAUAAUGUAAGAAUAGAAUAAAAAGUACUUUAUUGAUCCCUUGGGGAAUUUCAGCACCACAGUUCAUUCACAAUAAUAAUAAUGAAUAUUAUAAUGUGUGGGUUCCCUCCGGGUACUCCGGCUUCCUCCCACUUCCAAAGACAUGCACCUGGGGAUAGGUUGAUUGGCAACACUAAAUUGGCCCUAGUGUGUGAAUGUGAGUGUGAAUGUUGUCUGUGUAUCUGUGUUGGCCCUGCGAUGAGGUGGCGACUUGUCCAGGGUGUACCCCGCCUUCCGCCCGAUUGUAGCUGAGAUAGGCGCCAGCGACCCCAAAAGGGAAUAAGCGGUAGAAAAUGGAUGGAUGGAUGGAUAAUAAGUUAUACAUACUGUAUAAUGUAUGAAUAAUAUAAGUAUAUUAUUCAUAUAUUCUACAUAUAAGUGCAGUCAAGAAGGAACAUAUGCAUUAUACAGUCUGAUGGCUGUCGGUAUGAAGGACCUCCUGUGUCAUUCUGUGUUGCAUUUUGGGAGUCUGAGCCUUCCACUGAACGUGCUCAUUCUCUCCCCCAGGUCCGAGUGUAGUGGGUGGGAGGUGUUGUCCAUAGUGGCUAGGAGCUUUGCGAGACUUCUCCUCUCUGACACCACCGCCAGAGAGUCUAGCUCCACUCCCAUAUGAGACGCCAUAAGAUCAACAUGAUCUCACCAUUUGUCUUUUUUCUUACUGUAGUUAACUGAUGAUGGUGACAAAAAACAAACAUGGCACACCACUUCUCCGACUUUAUUUAGUACGAUUCGAAAGAAAUGUUCUGGCUAAUAAUGUACUUCAGAGUUGUGCAUUUAAUUUUCCUUUCUGGGUGACUAUUCAUUAAAAGUAAAUUACAAAAACAAUAUAUUUUCUUGCUAUUGAUUUUGGGUGACUAUUAUGAAACAACAACAACAGUAUCAGUACUGUGUCAAUACAGCUAAUGACUGUGCCACACACUCACUGAGACAUAUUUCACCCAAUCACUAACUACUACACUUCCAGCUGCUUAUGGGGAAAGUAAAGUAGUCCAAUGUAAUCGAUAUAUCAUUUUUCCAGGGCCACAUGGCCAAACAGAGGUGCAACGAGAGCCAAGGCCGCUGUGAAAAUUCUACCCUGGUUAGUUGUAAAUCAGGUUUUUCCUCACUCCUGAAAUAAAAAACAGAGUCAAAUCAGACCACUGUUAUGCAACUAUUAUGACAAAACCCUUUUUAUUUUUGUAUUAAAUUAUUGCAUUUCUUCA